AUGUUCAUAUUUCUUUUGGACAUCUUCUCAGACGAGACGGAAUACACUGAGGAUGAGUUGUUCACCAAAAGGCAAAACGCGAGACACGUUUGCGUAGCGCUGAAGCGUUACUAUGAGGCACACCUUCUCGUCGAAGCGGAGAUACUUCGCCGAAAUACCGCCGCUUUUUCCACCUUCGAGUCCAACCUCAAGGGACAGGUGGACACCAAUGUUCCGCCCUAUAAGUCGACCCGUUAUAGCUAUGAUGUGAUUAUGGAAAAGGUUGAGACACUACUCGAACUGAUGCCCAUUAGAAUCAAUUGGAAACCAGUGGACGAACUCUUGAAAUUAAGUGGAGUUAAGCUUUUGAUUCAACUCAUUGCCGUCUCCUAUGACUGGAAUUUUACCGGAAAGGCUGAGGCUGUGAGGAGUGCAUUGGAUGUGUUGGUCGUGUGCAGCGUUACGCCUAAGUUCCAGAACGUGUUGUGCGAAAACGUUCCCGUCGGCGAAGACAACCAAAACACUGUUGGCAUUAGAAUCAUAUUAGCGGCAGCCGAAGGAGAGAUAGUGGCCGACCCCGACUGCCAGCGCUCUGCUCUCAACGUUAUAAUAAACUGUGUUUGCGGGCCAUUGAGUCGAAUCGGCGGCUCUAUUGCCAGACUUUGUGGCGGAAGUGCGAAGAAGAGGUCGUUUAGGAGUGGAGAGGAUUUGUUGACGAAAAUGUGGAAUUGUGUCCGAAGUAAUAAUGGGAUUAUGAUUUUGUUGAAUCUAAUGAUGGUUAAGACACCCAUCACUGACGCCGACUCUAUACGAGCCCUUAGUUGUAAAGCUUUGUGCGGAUUGGCCCGAAGCGAAACUGUGAGACAAAUCAUUUCAAAACUGCCACUCUUUACAAACGGACAGAUCCAGGGAUUGAUGAAAGAACCCAUUCUUCAGGACAAGAGAACAGAACACAUAAAGUUCUGUAAAUAUUGUAUUGAACUUAUCGAGAGAGUGACCGGCGCUCCCGUCGCCACCAAUUUGGAGACUUCUAUCGCUAACAUCAAUAAAGCCGAAGUGGUCGCACAGACAAGGAUUGAGUUCAACGAAAAAGAGUUAUUACAACUAAUAUAUCAUCACUUAAUGAAAAAGGGAUUAUCAAAAACGGCUCAAUUACUCCAUACGGAGGCAGAACUGCCGUCAUUUAGUUCGUCCAGAAAUGCCAUUAGUUUGUGGCCAAUAACACCCCUUUCCCACAAUCGAGUGUCGCGUCCAAUAUCGACGGCUCCCUUUCCAAGUUCUUUGUCCAACGCGACCGCAAUCAGCUGUUUAACGCCCACAUCAACGAGUGCUUUGACUCCAGUCCACACAAACAAUAUGUCGUCGCCGUCUAGUCUCCAGAAUGUCAACUCCCAGUCCCCGAGUGUUUCCAUUCGCAUACAUCGACCCAAUCCUAACAAGAGUUCGGCUAAAAGCCUAAGUGUCAGAAAACUUCAGUCAACACAUCCGUCGUCUCCUGUAAUCAAACGGCUAAACGAAAUUUCAAGUCAAACGCAAAAUGUGUCGUCUAUUUCAUUGGACUCAAUAGUAACCGAAUAUCUGCGUAAACAACACUCGCUUUGCAAGAAUCCAGUCAUUACUUGUCCACCAUUUGAUUUGUUUACUCCUCAUCGAUGUCCCGAACCAAUGCUUAGGGAUUCGGCGCCAAUCAAUAUGACUACACGUCUUCAAAGGCGUUCAAUAUUUCCUCGUUUCGGAGGUCUGAACGGCUCUAAAAUGGACCGUAAAUUCAUUUACAGCCGCUUUCGACCGAUUCGCUCCUUCAGAGACCCGGAAUCGACCAGCAGUUUCUCGAGCUGUGCUUUUUCGUAUGUGGACCAAUUCCUCUUCUUGGGCACAUUGACCGGAGAUUUGGCCGCUUUUAAUCUCCACAGCGGAACAUUGGAAGCGACCUAUACUUGUCACGAGUCGGAGAUCACUCACAUCGAGCCCUCACGAGACGGCAAACUGAUACUCACAUCUUCUUUAUGGCGCCAACCGUUGUCCUCGUUAUGGACUUUCACUGAUGUCUUCGAAUUAAAACAUUCGUUUCGCGACGACUAUUACGUAGAGUUUGGUAAACAAAGUCAGGACCGAGUGUUGGGAACAAAGGACUUUACUGCUCACUUGUAUGACUUACCGACGGGUCAAAUGAUUCAUACAUAUCAAGACGAGAACCUAUCGAAUCGAUACGUCAAAAAUAGGGCCACUUUUCAUCCGACCGAUGAUCUCAUACUGAAUGAUGGCGUCCUUUGGGACACUCGGAGCGCAACUCCUGUCCAUAAAUUUGAUAAAUUCAAUCAACAUAUUAAUGGAGUCUUUCAUCCGAACGGUCAGGAAAUUCUUUCCAAUUCUGAGAUCUGGGACAUCAAAACAUUCCAUCUCUUGAAAACAGUGCCGGCAUUGGAUCAGUGUCGAAUUAAAUUCAAUAAUAUCGGAGAUGUUAUAUACGGAGCUGUGUUCGAAGAGGAGAACUCUGAAGAAGACGAUCAGUCAAAGAGUCCGUUCUGUUCGUCGUUCCGCACAUUCGAUGCCUACGACUACACAAAUAUAGCGACCAUUGAUGUGAAGCGAAACAUCUAUGACUUGGCUGUAGAUCCGGGCGAUUGCUAUAUAGCUCUGGUCGAGAAUCAGAGCAAUCGGGAAGUGUUUGCCAAUGAGUCGGUCGCCCGACUCUUCGAGAUCGGGAGGUCUAAGGAAGACGACGACGAAGAGGACGAUGAGGACGACGACGAAGACGAGAACGAUGUCGCCGAUGAAGACACCGAUGAGGACGAGAAUUUGGACAACACUGAGGACUUUGAUCUGGAAAAUGGCGACGAGUCGGCCGAUGAUGAGAGCGACGGCGAUCACAGCAAUGACUCGGAUUCGGGCGAUUCCGAUGGUUUGGACGACGCGAUGCUUAUGCUGUCCGACCACUCGAGCGACCGAUCAAGUGAUGACGAAAUCGUGUAUCAAUUAAACGAUUGAAAUC